AUGGAGGACUCCGGUCAACUGCCAAAUGCACAAAAUGAGAAAACAGAGGAGGAAACAAAUCGCUCCCAAUACACAAUGUCGGGUAUAUUGCACUUUAUACAACAUGAGUGGACAAAAAACGAAUUAGAUCGAACCAGGUGGGAAGCUGAACGAGCUGAAAUGCAGGCUCGUAUUGCUUUUCUACAAGGAGAGCGAAAAGGUCAAGAAAACCUGAAACAAGACCUCGUCCGUCGUAUCAAAAUGUUAGAAUUCUGCCUGAAACAAGAAAGGGCGAAAAACUAUCGGCUAACACACAACGGUGAAGAACCCCCUUCGUUUGAUGAGUCGGCAAAUGAAAACUCUGCUCCAAGCGAUAACAGUCACCUUUCGGCAGAUCUUGACGCCUACAUUAAUGAUGCUGGAGAAGCAGGAGGUAGUUUCCGUCAAGGAAGAUUACUUUUGAAACGGUAUCUCGAAGAAAUCGGGUACAGCGAGCACAUCAUGGACGUUCGUUCAUUUAGAGUGAAAAAUCUUCUUGGAUUAUUACCACAGACGGAUCUUCCAUCUAGUGAACGGUUAAACGGCAGAAAAGAAAAGAGUGACAGUGAUUCUGAAGAUGGUCAUGAUGAUGCAGCUCUUGAUGCUGACGCCUCCAAAGCGUUCGAAGAAUUUGACUUUCUCAACAGCAUGGAUGUGAAAGAAAAAGGAUCAGAUGCAGACGACUGGACUGGCAAAGGGGCAUCGUAUGAAAAGCUGAUAAAACAAUACAAAGAUGAUCCAAAAGUGAAACGGCGUUCACGGACAUCAACGGAAGAGUCUGAUGAGAAGACGAGCAGUGAAGUUCACAAGAACUUGGAGACCGAUGUGCCGCCUGGCAUCAAAUCAGCAAUCGACGCUUCCGCCCAACAAGAGUUACCCACACGGAGACAAGGAAGGCGCAGUGCCAACUUUGGCUACGGAAACGGAAACGAGCUUGAUGUUGCUCUCGGUAUGCAAGAAAACGAGAAUAUGGACAUCAAGGAUGAGUUCAAAGACGAUGAUGAUGAUACAAAUCUGCCGCCUGUAAAAUGGAACAUCAAAGUGACACUUCGUUCUCAUUUGGAUACCAUACACGCAAUGCAGUUCCAUCCAGUCGAGCCUGUUCUCUUCACGGCAUCUGAAGAUGGACUGAUCAAACUAUGGAACCUUGAUCAGAAGAAAGAAGAUAAACAUAAUAGUGGCGGCGGUACAGAACUGGAACCAGUUUACACUUUCCGUGGUCACAAGGGAGCAGUGCUUUGCUUAGUUCUAUCUCCGACCGGAGACCAUCUAUAUACAGGCGGACAAGAUGGUAACAUCUGCUGUUUCAACGUGCCUUCUUCCAACGGAGAUCCAUUUGACUCCUAUGAUCCACGGGUUCUUAGUGAAACUCUUACCGGUCACACAGAUGCUAUCUGGUCCGUCGCUUAUCACUCGUCGAACAGUCGUCUCGUGUCUGCAAGUUCUGACUCAACAAUUCGUUUAUGGGAACCAGGAAAUGGAGAGCCACUAAUCAGAACAAUUGGAGCUCCACAGCCUGGUAUGAUUCCAACUUCUGUCGACUUCGUUUCCACAGAAACUUCCCAUUUACUUGCUGCCUACACACAAUGUUACGCUCAAAUCAUCGAUAUUGACACUGGUAGCACUGUGAUGGUCUUUGAUUUUGGACCUAAAGUUGUUGGAACACCAACGAUGAACAAAAUUGUGAGCCAUCCAACAAUGCCGCUAACUCUUAUUGGUGGAGAAGAUCGGACAAUUCGAUAUUUCGACAACACAACAGGAGCGAUACUCAGUGAAUCAUUGGCUCACGUCGAAGGAGUAUCUUCAUUAGCAAUUGAUCCAAACGGGCUAUAUCUUCUGUCAGGAAGUCACGACGGAAGUAUCAGGAUGUGGAAUAUGGAGAGAAAGUCUUGUCUUCAGGAAAUAUCUGCUCACCGGAAGAAGAAUGACGCAGCAGUAACGUCUGUUGCUUUCCAUCCCUCAAGAUCUCUUAUCGGAUCUGCUGGAGCCGACUCUCUCGCCAAGGUCUACGUGUCAGGAAGCAAUUAG